CAUUUCAUUUUGCAUUGACUGAUGAUCGAUGAGGCGCGCGAUUCACAGGUUCAUUAUCCACGGAUAAUUCAAUUCUCGUGAAAUUAAAUAGCGAAUUACCAGUCAAUCAUAUGAUAAAAUAAAUAUAUAUUUAUUUUAUUACGGUUGUGGAUAAUUUUUUCGCAAAUAUAUUUGUGAUUGUGUUAGUAUCUAUGGUGCAUUGUGUCGGUUUAAAAGUGUUUAAUUGAAAAAAUAACUGUAACGAGAAGGAAUUCUUGUUUUAAGUAAAUACAAUCUGACAAAUUAACCAGAAAUUCUUGGAAAUAAUUCUAAGUAGAAGUUUAAAAUUGUGAAUUGGUGUGAAUAACUAAAUAAACCAAAGUGGAUCAAAUAUCAUCAAAAUAUUUCUAAAAUUGAAAUCUGAAUUUUAUUUUUCAAAAAUCAGAAAAAAUGCAUGUCUGGCUCAUUCCAUUCGUAAUAAUAUUGAAUGUGGUUGUUGCCGUUCAAAUAGGGCCGACAUCAUUUAAAAUUAUCCAACAUCAUGCACCAGGGCAAACGCAAUACCAAUCAUACUAUCCAAAGAAACCAACAUUUUUGGGCUCAUAUGCUCAAAGCUACAUCGACACCGGCACCAGAUCGAUUUUCAGCAAUUUGAUAACCGCACCAACGUAUGCGAAGCAGUUAUCAAACGAAAUUCGAUGUGCCAUACCACCACAGCGUUGUGUACGAUCACCAUAUCGCACGCUCGAUGGAACUUGUAACAAUUUGGAGAAUCCAAUAUGGGGGGCCGCCAAUACAAGAUAUUCACGUCUUUUAUCGCCGAGAUACGGUGACGGAUAUGCAUCACCAACGAUUUCGAUAACUGGACAAGAAUUACCAAAUUCACGUUUAGUAUCGCUUAUUGCAUUUGGUGAAGCAGACGUUGCCGAUCCACAGUUCACAUUGGCCAAUAUGCAAUGGGGACAAAUUAUAACUCAUGAUAUGAGCAUGUUGGCAGGAUCAACCCAAUCAAAAAAACACGCAACUAGAUGUUGUACCGAUGAUGGUUUACUCAUAACAACAAAUGCACCAGCGCAUUGUUUUCCAAUUAUUGUUCCCAAAAACGACCCUGCACAUUCACUUGACAACGUUCAGUGUAUGAACUUUGUAAGAACUUUAACGGAUAAGGAUCAAAACUGUCUAGACACACAAGCCCAACUUCCAGCUGAACAGUUAACUGUUACGACAGCAUUUUUGGACUUAUCACUUGUGUACGGAAAUUCGGACGAACAAAAUCGACCCAUAAGAGCUUUCCAUGGUGGCAGAAUGUCGGUGAUUGAGCGACGUGGCUAUGAAUGGCCACCGCAAGCUCAAAAUGCAACGGCUUCAUGCGAUGCACAAAGUUUAGAUGAAGUGUGCUAUCGAACAGGAGACGUUCGAACCAAUCAAAAUCCCGGCCUUGCCAUUUUUCAAAUUAUUUUGAUGCGUGAACACAAUCGUAUUGCCGAUGUUUUACAACAAAUCAAUCCACAUUGGGAUGAUGAGCUAACGUAUCAAGAAGCCAGACGUAUAAAUAUUGCACAAUACCAACAAAUCACUUAUUACGAAUGGUUGCCAAUAUUUUUGGGCACAUCAAACAUGAUUAAAAAUCGACUAAUCUAUCAAGUUGAACCAGGAAGUUAUGUAAAUGACUAUGAUCCAACAAUUGAUCCAUCGAUUUUAAAUGCACAUGCAACGGCUGCGUUCAGAUAUUUCCAUUCACAAAUUGAAGGAAGACUUGAUUUGAUAUCAGAGAUUCGAUCAAGCACCGGAUCGUUGCGCUUGAGUGACUGGUUUAAUAGGCCCGCCGUUGUUGAAGCCGGAGACAAUUAUGAUUAUUUGAUUCGAGGCUUGAGCACUCAGCCAGAGCAAUUGACAGAUAUCAAUUUUGAUCCCGAAAUCAAGCACUUUUUCUUUCGACGAAAUAGACCAUUUGGCGGUGAUCUGCGUACACUCGAUAUUCAACGAAAUCGUGACCAUGGAUUGGCUAGCUAUAAUGAUUUUCGUGAAUUUUGCGGCUUACGUCGUGCCGAACGAUGGGAAGAUUUUCUCGAUUUAAUCUCAGCAAAGAGCGUUGAAAAUUUACAAACACUUUAUAGCAGUUUUGAAGAUGUUGAUUUAACGGUUGGUGCUUCGCUUGAAGCUCACGUUGAAGGUACAUUGGCUGGACCAACAUUCUUGUGCAUUUUAACGGAACAAUUCUAUCGCACACGUGUUGGUGAUCGGUAUUUCUAUGAAAAGGGUGACAAAGAAAUGGCCUUCUCAAGAAGUCAAUUGAUUGAGCUAAAAAAGGCGAGUAUGGCCCGUUUACUAUGUGACAAUAGUAAUCAUGUGAACAGCAUACAACCACAAGCCUUCAGACGGGUUUCGAAAUCCAAUGAAAUUAUUCCCUGUUCAUCCAUACCAGUGGUUGAUCUCUCAGCUUGGAAAGAUCAUUCGGUAUUAUCGAACGCAUAUCAAGGAACUCAAUCGUAUUUCUCAACAAAUCCGUAUCUAAAGAAAUAAUGCUCUCUCUCUCCCAUCUUCUGACAAAGCUACAUAUUCAACGCAUGAAUUCGGAAAGAAAUAGAAUGUUACCUCUAAUUUAAUUAAUUUUAACGAAUCUAUGGGAAUAGCAUUUUCUAGAAUUGUACGAUAUUUAAAAAAAAAAAUGAAACUAAAAAUAAAAAUGUUUUUAGACGAAAUGAAAAUCAA